GCAGCGCGGCCGGGGCGGGGCGGGGCGUGGGACUCGGAGUGCGCACGCGUACUGCGCGGGCUCCCAGAAGUCGGGCCAUGGCGUCUCUCCGCGAAGCGACCCUGCGGAAACUGCAGCUCUUUUCGGAGAUGAGAGGUAAACCCGUGGUGUCUGGAAAAUUCUGGGAUGUAGUUGCAAUAACAGCAGCCGAUGAAAAGCAGGAGCUUGCUUACAAACAACAGUUGUCAGAGAAGCUGAAGAGAAAGGAAUUGCCGCUUGGAGUUCAAUAUCAUGUUUUCACUGAUCCUGCUGGAACUAAAAUUGGAAAUGGAGGAUCAACACUUUUUUCUCUUCAGUGUCUGGAAAACCUCUAUGGAGAUAAAUGGAAUUCUUUCACAGUCCUGUUAAUUCACUCUGGUGGCUACAGUCAACGGCUUCCCAAUGCAAGUGCUUUAGGAAAAAUCUUCACAGCUUUACCACUUGGUGAGCCCAUUUAUCAGAUGUUGGAGUUAAAACUAGCCAUGUACAUGGAUUUCCCCUCACACAUGAAGCCUGGAGUUUUGGUCACCUGUGCAGAUGAUAUUGAACUAUACAGUAUUGGGGACUCUGAGUAUGUUGCAUUUGACCAACCUGGCUUUACUGCCUUAGCCCAUCCGUCUAGUCUGGCUGUAGGCACAACACAUGGAGUAUUUGUCUUGAACUCUGCCAGUUCCUCACAACAUGGUGACCUUGAGUACAAGCAAUGCCACCGUUUCCUCCAUAAGCCCAGCAUUGAAAAAAUGCAUCACUUUAAUGCUGUGCAUAGACGAGGAAGCUUUGGUCUACAGGACUUGUCUCGGGGUGACACAGCCAGUCUUCCAUUGCACUCUGAGUAUGUCUACACAGAUAGCCUAUUUUACAUGGAUCAUAAAUCAGCUAAAAAGCUACUUGACUUCUAUGAAAGUGUAGGCCCACUGCACUGUGAAAUAGAUGCCUAUGGUGACUUUCUGCAGGCACUGGGGCCUGGAGCAACUGCAGAGUACACCAGGAACACAUCACAUGUCACUAAAGAAGAGUCCCAGUUGUUGGACAUGAGGCAGAAAAUAUUCCACCUCCUCAAGGGAACACCACUGAAUGUUGUUGUUCUUAAUAACUCCAGAUUUUAUCACAUUGGAACAACGGAAGAAUAUCUGCUUCAUUUCACUUCUGAUAGUACAUUAAGGUCAGAGUUGGGCUUGCAAUCCAGUGCUUUCAGUGUCUUUCCAAAUGUGCCUGAAUACCCCCGUGAGACACCUUGUGUCAUUCACAGUAUACUGGAUUCAGGAUGCUAUGUGGCCCCUGGCUCAGUUGUAGAGUAUUCCAGAUUGGGGCCUGAGGUGUCCAUCGGGGAAAAGUGUAUUAUUAGUGGUUCUGUCAUAGUGAAAGCUGUGCUGCCCCCAUAUUCUUUCAUGUGUUCUUUAAGUCUGCAGAUAAACGGACACUUAGAAUACUCAACUAUGGUGUUUGGCAUGCAAGACAACUUGAAGAGCAGUGUUAAAACCAUAUCAGACCUAAAGAAGCUUGAGUUCUAUGGAGUCUGUUUUCAGUCUUGUUUAGAUAUUUGGAACCUUAAAGCUACAGAGGAACUAUUCUCAGGAAGUAAGACACAUCUGAGCCUGUGGACUGCUCGAAUUUUCCCUGUCUGUCCUUCUCUGAGUGAAUCGGUUGCAGUAUCCCUUGGGAUGUUAAGUGCUGUACAGAGCCAUUCACCAUUCAGCCUGAGCAACUUUAAGCUCCUAUCCAUCCAGGAAAUGCUUCUAUACAAAGAUGUACAAAACAUGCUAGCUUAUAGGGAGCAAAUCUUUCUAGAAAUUAGUUCAAAUAAGAAACAAUCUGAUUCAGAGAAAUCAUAAGUACAAUAUAUUUUGUCUAUGAACAGGAUUGCAAAUGCAGGCAUUUUCUGUAGACCUCUGACUUUUCUCUCUUUCCCCCCCCCCUCUUUCUUUCUUCUCCUUUUCCAUUUUUUGGCUUGUUCAGUAAAGCAACAUAAUAAAAAUUAUAUUAAUAUAACUACUGUAGCAUAGUAAUAACAAAGGUACAGAAGGCCACUUUGGAUGGAAAAACAUUUCAGCAUCAAAUUUGUGAAAGUGAUGCUGUUUUAAAUGUUUUCACAUUAUUAUAGCUUUGUUUUUUUGGUAAAUAUCAAUUUGUGGGGUACUGUUCCAUUCACAUAACAAAUACUUCUGUUUUAGAGGAUGAUUUUCUAAACAUACUUUUAGAAUUUUUUUGUUUUUUUGAAAUUUGGUCCAAUAAAGCUCUGGGUGUUAUUGAUGAUUGUAUUACUUUACUUGUCACAAUGAGAAAAUACCUAAUAAAAACAUCCUUUUAAACUUUUUAAGAAAAUUGUCUUUUUCUGUUAAUUUUUUUAUUUUGUUCUAUUUUUAUUUUAUGUAUAUGAAUGUAUUAUCUACAUGUAUGCAUAUGCACAGUGGCCAUAGAGGCUAGAAUACCUGUUCUCAAACUGAGUCAAGACCCCUUUGGGGAUGGAAUGACCUUUUCACAGGGUCACCUAAGACAUCAGAAAACACAGAUAUUUAUGUUAUGAUUCAUAACAGUAGCAAAAUUAUAAUUAUGAAGUAGCAACAAAAAUAAUUUUAUGGUUGGGGAUCACCACAACAUAAGGAACUGUAUUAAAGGGCCAUAGCAUUAGGAAGGUUGAGAACCACUAGGCUAGAGGAAGGCAUUAUAUCUCUUGGGACUGAAUUUACAGGUGAUUAUGACCUCUUUGUGGGUUCUGGGAGUCAAAACUUCAUGCUCUGAAAAUGCUUUAAAAUGAUGUUUGUGUUUCACAGAUCCUGGCAAAUGUAAUUUAAAAAAAAUGUGUGUGUGUGUGUAUUAUUCUUAUAAAUUUGAACAUGUGCUGCAAUACUUUAUAUCUACUGUCCCAUUACACUGGAAAACGUGUGCUGAUAGAACUAUGUUGUUUGCUCAGAAGGCAUAGGAAUAGUUGAAAGCCAGUGCUCACUUCACCAUGGAUGUUACUUAAUCCACCCUUAAUUAUCCUUCAAAAGUUAUGUUGACUUGACAAUGAGUAUUUUGCUUUUCAUAAUUCUGUCCAUAUUGAUAAUGAUGCUGACAAUAAACAGUUGGCCCAAGAGGAGGAAAUUAGAAUAGGGAAUCUGAGAUAAUGCUUAGAUCAUAAACAACUUCAAGAUAGUGAGACUUUGGUGAAUUCCAGGGUAUGUGCACCUAUUUUGAAAUAAACAUAUUAGUGAAAUGUUUUUAGGUUUAAUAGAGACAAGACUUGUCAUAAUUGUGUUUAAAUUACCUUAGCUAUACUAACAACUGCUGUGACAGUUUUGUUUAUAUAUAUUAUAAUAAAAAUAUAUGAUAAACGAGAUAUCUAUCAAAACCCUUCUACUAUAUUAUUUAUAAAUAAAUAUGUAUUUGUCUUUUUUGAGGUUCCCAGGGAUAAAGAUGUAUGAUAUUGUUUGACAAUUACUGAAUUGCUUACAGAGAUUUCAAUGGAUGUUGAAUGUUAUUAAAUGUUCAUACUAAUUUGACUUAAAGUUCUGCCAAGGAUUAGAAUCGUAAUUUUAUGUUCUCAGAAAAAAACAUCAUUAAUAAAGAAUACCAACACUU